AUACUGAAUUUUAUAUAUAUUUUAUUUGAGCAAACACCUUUUUACUAUAAUAUGAAUGAAUUUCUGGAUUUGUUGGAUGAGGAGAGAAAGUUUGAGACUGAGGAGUACUGCGAUUUUCGGGCAUAUCUUGGGAAAGUUGGGGACGGGGGAAGUUGGUUGGCUGUCAUCCAUUUUAAUAUCAGAAGUAUCAAUAAAAAGCUCACUAUCUACUUGGAUGAGUUUAAGAAUCAUGUGGAUGUAAUAAUUCUAUCCGAAACUUGGAAGAUUGAGUCGAACAACCAACCGUGGCAAAACACUAUUCACAUUCACGAGAAAGACUGUGUUUGCUCAAUUAAUAUCAACUGCUAUCGAGAAGACAGAAAUGAUCAGGUAUAUUGGGGUAAUUGUGGAUCAGCAUAUGAGAUGGGAUGAACAUGUAGCUUAUGUGAUGAGGCGACUCAAGCAAUUGAUCAGGAAAUUCUACGAACUGAGAAACAUCCUCGAGAACAAAAAUCUAACCACCAUAUACCACUCUCUUGCGGAGUCUGUAGUGAGAUACUGUAUUGCUGCCUGGGCUGGUACUUUCAAUAAUUCCCUGAACGUCCUCCAGGUGACUAAGAACACAAUAUUAAAAAUUUUGUUC